UCUCUAUUCUUCCAUAUCUUUCUUUCUCUCCAAGACAACUUUGUAAGAUGGUAUCAGAGCGUUGAAAAUGGCGAUGGGAAGAAGCUACGCAGUUGCGUUAAUGGCGAACACGAACGAUCAAAACAGUUCGCAUGAAGAUCCAAAUAGUCCUUAUUAUAUGCAUAUCAGCGAAAAUCCAGGUCAGAUUCUUGUCAAUCCUCUUCUGAAUGAAUCAAAUUAUCAUUCAUGGUCUAGAGCCAUGAAAAUGGCGCUUCUGUCCAAGAACAAAUGGAAUUUUGUGAAUGGAUCAAUUGCAAUUCCAUCCAAGAACGAUCCUACUUAUCAUAGCUGGGAACGUAACAACAAUAUGGUGGCUUCUUGGCUUGUUAGAGCCGUAUCACCUUCCAUAGCUCAGAGCAUUUUAUGGAUCGAAAAUGCUGCUGAUAUUUGGACAGAUUUAAAGGAAAGGUUUUCUGAAGGAAAUGCUUUCAGAUUGUCAGACAUACAAGAUGAAAUCAGUUCACUUCGACAGAAAGGUUUGAGUGUAACAGAGUAUUUUACUCAAUUAAAACUUCUUUGGGAUGAAAUGAUGUCCAUUAGACCACUACCUGUUUGUGUUUGUGAUCCUAAAUGUAAAUGUGGUGCUAUGACCAAAAUAAUACAGUAUGCUGAGGAUGAUAAAGUCAUGCGUUUCCUAAAAGGACUCAAUCAGGAGUAUAUGAAUGUGAAGUCUCAAGUUCUCUUGAUUGAUCCUAUUCCUGGAAUGAGCAAGGUGUAUGGAAUGACUGUCAAACUGGAGCACAAACUUGUUUCUGAAGAAUCUGACAUCAUACAUGCCAAUUCAGUUGGAAUGUCAAUUCCAAACUCAGAAGUGAAGACAAAUCUAAUCAAUGCAGUCAAUGGAAACUUCAAGAAACCUGGAGGAUUUGGUACAGGGCAGAAACCUAAAUGUACACAUUGUGGAAAAUUGGGACACACAGUGGACAAAUGCUAUCACUUGCACGGUUUUCCUCCAGGCUAUAAGUUCAAGGCAAGACAAGAUGAAGGGCAGAAAUCCAUAUCUCACACAGUUGGAAUUGAACAGGCAGGUUUCACAAAUGAACAGCUUCAGUAUUUGAUGAAUUUCUUCCAAAGACAACAAGUAUCAAAGUCAAGAGAUCCUGCAGUUGCAUCAGUGACCAAGGGUGUAGCAAAGCAAGUUGGAAAUGAGAAUGAUCACUAUUCAGGCAAGUAUGUUUCUCUUAUCAAUGUUGAUGAAGUGAUGAAUAAUGACUUUACAGAUUGGAUACUUGACACUGGAGCGACUGACCAUAUAACAUGUAAUCUAAAAUGUUUCUAUUCUUAUGAACCUGUUAAAGGAAUAUCAGUAAGGUUGCCGAAUGGAACUUAUCAAGCAGUUAGUCACAUUGGAAAAGUUAAGCUCAGUGAUGUGUUGUGGAUUAGAGAUGUUUUGUAUAUACCAACAUUCAAAUAUAAUCUCAUAUCAGCUAGCAAAUUGACUAAACAAUGCAAGUGUUGGCUAACUAUUCUCCCUGACUGCUGUUUGAUCCAGGAAACCCAUGGGGGGAUGAUGAUUGGUACAGCUAAAGAGCACAAUGGACUCUAUCACAUGAAGCAAUAUAGAAUUGGUUUUGAUAGAGGAAAUAUUAAUAGUUCUGUUCUUUGUAAUAAUGUCAGUAAAAGGCAACUCUGGCACUAUAGAUUUGGUCAUGCACCUGAUAGUAGACUAUCACAUAUUGAAUGUAUUGACUUUGGUUCAACAAAUAAUAAAGAGUUUGUUUGUGAUACUUGUCAUUUUGCUAAACA